GUUUACACAGUUCGCCAUGAUGGUUGUUGUGUAGAACCUCCGAUCUCUACCAAGUUCAGACAAGAGCGCGCCGCAGACUCGCUCAGUCGGACAGUAAACACCGAUAUGCCAUUUUCUCACCACAGUCAUUCGGGCCAAUUUUGCCCGGGCCAUGCUCAUGACUCUCUCGAAGACAUCGUCAAUGCCGCUAUCUCCAAACGCAUGCAGGUCUUAGCGCUGACGGAGCACAUGCCUCGUCAUGACGAAGACCGCUAUCCAGAAGAAAUCGAAGCGGGCGUGACGCUUGCUUCACAUUACAGUAACGAAAGCGCCUACUUUGCAGAAGCAAACAGGCUGCGGGAACAAUACAAAGACCAAAUCGACCUGCUUGUUGGCUUCGAGGGAGAAUGGAUUAGGCCCGAAUCAGCAGACCUCGUAAAGCGCAGCAUCUCGACCUACCAGUAUGAUUUCUUUAUUGGUUCAGUCCAUCAUGUGCAUACUAUUCCCAUUGACUACGACCGUGAAAUGUACGAAGAAGCACGCCACGUGUCAGGCGGAACAGACGGGAGACUCUUCGAAGACUACUUCGACAUGCAGUUGGCUAUGUUGCAAGCUCUCCAGCCACCUGUAGUGGGUCACUUUGACCUCAUUCGUCUCAAAAGCGAUAGUCCGAAUGGGAGCCUUCAAAAUAUGAGCGGUGUGUGGGAUCGUAUCCUGCGCAAUCUGGACUAUAUCGCCUCGUAUGGCGGUAUCCUUGAAAUCAAUUCUGCCAGUUUACGGAAAGGGAUGGAUGAGCCGUACCCCAAGGCGGAGAUAUGUCAGGCUGCCCUAGAGAAAAACAUUCGAUUCUGUCUGUCUGACGACAGUCAUGGUUUGGAUCAAGUUGCUCUCAAUUACGGCCGUGUGCUGCCUUUCCUUGAGGAAAUAGGUUUGACACAAGUGACUUUCCUGAGGUGUGAUGGUCCUCAGCAGGACGAAUCGGACAAUCGCUUCCCACGUCUACGCUGCGACUACGUUGAGCUGCACGAGCUUCGGAACCAUGCCUUUUGGGAUGUCUCGUAGCUCUGAACGGCCAUCAAACGGGCCAGUCACAAAUAUGUUGCCAUGAUGAUUCGCCCGCCCGCUUCCACCAAGGUACAUUGGCUCGUAAGCCACCAAAGCAGCUCUCAGGCGAACAUCAGGUGUUGAUUGCAGUGAGAUUUGUUGCUGCCCAGCAUGUCUUUUCGUACUGGUGGAGACCACCUACAAAGAGAGGCAUUCAUGCGUCGAGCGAUCUAGCCGCCCGCUAAUUCGACAGGAUAGAAUUAGGUUCCGAUUCUCAGACAGGCUGAAUCUUGCGCACAGCAUCUCUAUCCAAAAGCAUUAGCGGAGAGAUGUGGUCGGCUUUCAUUGGCUGCUUUCUCGUGCGCCGUCUGCCCCAGGCGCUCACGGCUGCCGGGAUUGGCAUGUCCACCGAUCCGUAUUCUGCAUCAGGACCAUUGCAGCCGGUGCUACGAAAGGGCCAUAUCUUGAGGACGCAUUUGGCGUGAGCUCUGGGCAGGAUCCCUCAAUAUCAAUCGGAGCUGAUCUCGGAGUCGGCGUGAGUCGAGAGAUCAGCCGAUCUCCCAAGCGAAAAGGCUGGCGAGCAGGACCGGCACAUAUUCUUUGUUUCUGCGAGAAAUACG